AUGAAUCUCCCGCUGCGUGCAAUGCGUACGACGGAGAAGAGGCCUCGAACGGCCAGUUCAACUAUCACCGGGACACCAUAUUGCUCCCAGAAUCUGGAGUCAAGAGUAGACAAUCCACAAAUAGGUAGCGGCAAUUCUCCUUCUGAAAGUUCAACUUGCGUUGCUCCAGACUCAACUCUUAUGGCCCCGCCGAUGAUUGCUGUAGUUCCUGAGACGUCAGCAGCCUUUCCUAUGUCAAGCGCCAUGCUGGACACCGACGACUUUGAUGACCUAGGAUUUGUAGAGGACUUUCUCCUACCGGAUACUACCAUGAUACCCGGGUAUACUAAUUCAAUGACCUGUGAAAACGAGAGUACACUGGUGCCUUCGAGCGAUGGUGGUGGGGUGGGACAUUUCCCAAGUCACUCGUCUAUGUCGGCUUUACCAGCCAUGACGACUUCGAAUAUUCAGGAAGAACCAAGUGAGCCUAGUUACCUCCAAGUCCUCUCGACCAGUAAUUGCGAUAUCGAAGAGUUCCGGAACGUAUUGUAUUGA